UCUACUUCCUGCCGCCCGAGGCUCUGGAUGCACUUCCGGCGGGCGUCCGCCUUCUCUACCGCUUUCACGUUAAUGGCGGGCCGCGGCUGCUGAGUGGGACGCCGACAACCGCUGCCCGCACCCGGGAAGUCUCCCUGCCUCUCCCCGCUUUCCGCUCGCCGCCAGUCCUCGCCAGCAUGUCCGUGGUGCCGCCCAAUCGCUCGCAAACCGGCUGGCCGCGGGGGGUCAACCAGUUCGGCAACAAGUACAUCCAGCAGACCAAGCCCCUCACCUUGGAGCGCACCAUCAACCUGUACCCUCUUACCAAUUAUACUUUUGGUACAAAAGAGCCCCUCUAUGAGAAGGACAGCUCUGUUGCAGCCAGAUUUCAACGCAUGAGGGAGGAAUUUGAUAAAAUUGGAAUGAGGAGGACUGUAGAAGGGGUUCUGAUUGUACAUGAGCACCGACUACCCCAUGUGCUACUGCUACAGCUGGGAACAACUUUCUUCAAACUACCUGGUGGUGAACUUAACCCAGGAGAAGACGAAGUUGAAGGACUAAAACGCUUGAUGACAGAGAUACUAGGUCGUCAAGAUGGAGUCCUGCAAGACUGGGUCAUUGAUGACUGCAUUGGUAACUGGUGGAGACCAAAUUUUGAACCUCCUCAGUAUCCAUAUAUUCCGGCACAUAUUACAAAACCGAAGGAACAUAAGAAGUUGUUUUUGGUUCAACUUCAAGAGAAAGCCUUGUUCGCAGUCCCUAAAAAUUACAAGCUGGUAGCCGCACCGUUGUUUGAAUUGUAUGACAACGCACCCGGAUAUGGACCCAUCAUUUCUAGUCUCCCUCAGCUUCUGAGCAGUUUGGCCACAACAAAUGGUUAUACAUACCUAUUUGCCUCUUUAUUCAUCUGUAAAUGGUGGUCCCCACUUCAUAGAAUUGUGAGAAACAGUGAAAUAACGCACGUAAAGUGCUUAUAAUAAUGCCAGGCACCUGGUUCAAUUUUAUAUACAACUGAAUUCCUGCACAGUGGAGAAGUGAAAGAAGCCGUCUCUGUGAGCACAGCUCUGCACAGUCUAGAAAAAACAUGGUAGAAGAGGUUUUUUGUUUUAUCUCUUUCCCACCCUCUAAAUUGCCACCUGCUUUCUAUUGUUUGAAUAGUAACAUUGAUAUGAAGAACCUAGAUAGUGGUGUAAACAUAUGUGAUAAUGUUUAAUUUGCUUUUGUUUCUACUCAUACGUUUUUGUACAUUAAAAAAAGUGGACUUCUUUCUAUUUGUAUUUUUUUUUUUUAAUUUCACAUUAAACUUGUAAAAUUCUUA